AUGAAGGUAUAUAAUAUUUUUAUCUGUGCGUUUGUCAUCAUUGCAUCAUUCGCGUCAGUUAAUUCAAUGGUGACCACAUCAGCAAGAUAUUUCUGUGGAAGAAAAUUAUCAGAAGCUUUGGCUAUGUUUUGUCCAUUUGAGGAUCACGCAAAACGUGGAUUUGAGGGAUUAAGCAACGAUAUCGAUAUGCAUGACUGGCCCUGGUUGACAUUGCCGAAGAUAAGAGCUCUGGAUGGUAUAAGAGGCAAGAGACAAGGCGUGGCUUCAGAAUGCUGCCUCAAGCCUUGCACACUACCUGAGUUGCUGAGUUACUGCUAG